AUGUCGCAUAGACCCCUAGAUAUGCUCAAGCGGGACCAGCGUGCAGCGGACCGCGCCCCCCACCGCGCACGCAAGUUCCCCAACACCGACACCAUUGAUUCGCUGGAUAGCACUUCAUUCGGUGGUGCUUACCAUCAUGGGGGUCCCUAUGAUGCGACUCUGGCGUCACGCAACGGUAAUAAGAUGUACUCGCCCGUGGAGGCCGUCAAGGAGUCCAACAUUGAGGCCCUGAAAGCCACCCCACGAGAGUACAUCCAGGAUUCUCUAGAGAAGCAUGUCCCUCUACAAGGAACAGCAACAAUUCCGCCAGGCAUGUCGGAUAUGAGAGGUGACAAGAUGAACUAUGAAGAGGGCGCUGAUCUGAUGCGCGAGAGAGAUGCCCCAGGCGGUGCUUAUAAGCGCUAUGAUUUCAUUCCUUAUCGGGACGAUGACCUCAAGGGCAAGGGUGAGCCGUCCUUCACAAUCGAGAGAGAUGCCAAGGAGCAUAAGGCGAGACUUCGCAAGCACGGCGCUUCCAACAGCGUCGGCGAGUACGAGAUGCAACCAAAUGUCAACAGCUAUAAUAGAUCUAGCAACACGACAACACGCCAGCGGAGUGUCAGCGCUGCUGGAGGUGGCCAGCCAUCUCAAGGACUCCUGAGCCCCACAUCCGCAACUGGCAUGUCAAAUUCAAAUGAUAUUCGCCGGAGCAACACAACAGGCAAGAAGUUCAGCGAUGGUUUGAAGCGACGAUUCGGUAGCUUGCGUCGUAAGAAGAACGCAGACGAGGAUUGA